AGUAGUGGCUGGGCAGCGGGAGAGAAAGGGUGCAGCUUCUCGCUCUCGCCUCCCUGUUGGACUCUCAUUUGACUCUCCCUGCGCGGUGCGUUGCGUUCGGCCGGUUCGGUGACGUGCGAGAAUAAGAGAUAAAAGGAACACAACCCCAGCAAUGCCCGCUACUGUUGACUCUUCCUCCUCCUCCUCCUUCUUUCCCUUCCAUUCUACUUCCUCAUCCUUUUCUAUUUCGUUUAUUUCCAGCAUUUUCUCCACAUCCUUCUCCGUUUCCCACUCCUCCCCCCUGUCUCCAUUCACAACCUUUCCCUCCACUUUUACCUCCUCAUCUUUUUCCCCCUCCUCCUUUUUAUCCUCCUUGAACAGUCGCUCAUUUGACCUCCCGUAAUUGAGUGAGCGGAGGGAGGAAGGAAGUAAAGAAGAAAAGGAGGAAGGAGGAAAAAAACCCAAAUACAAAGAGGCAAAGGAGGAGGAGGAAGAGAAGGUGCAAGAAGAAAAAUAGGAAAAGAGAGUGAAGAAAGGGAAGAAUAAACGAGAGAAAGAGGAAAUACAAAAACGACUGAUAAGUUAGAAAAAGAAAAGGAAAAGAAAAAUGGUUUAGAAAACUAUGAAGACUUCCACACACUCAGUUUUGUCUUCGUUGAGUUAAUUAAGACUAGAAGAAUGAGCGAGACAGCUGCAGGCGCGGGUGGGGGCGUGGCGGCGUCUGGCGUGGGCCGACUGUCUGCCCUGCUGUCUCUACUGCUGAUGAUGCUGAUGCUUAUGUGCGGCCCCGUCAGCGCUAACCUCAGGGCGCGGGAGAAACAGAUCAUCGACGAAAUCAUUGGAUCCGAUAAUUACGACAAGAGGAUCCGACCAGCGGGAGCCAACGACACGGGUCCCGCCGUGGUACAUAUCAACAUCAUGAUCCGAAACGUGCAGACGAUCUCGGACGUGAAGAUGGAGUACAGCAUCCAAAUCACCUUCAGAGAGCAGUGGACGGAUCAGCGAUUGACCUUCGAUAGCAUGCAAGGUCGCAUCCAGUACCUGACACUGACCGAAACGGAGAUGGUGUGGAUGCCUGACCUUUUCUUCAAGAACGAGAAGGAGGGACACUUCCACAACAUCAUCCUGCCCAAUCUGUACAUCCGUAUCUACCCCGACGGCGGCGUCCUCUACAGCAUCAGGAUCUCCCUCACGCUCUCCUGCCCCAUGAACCUCAAGCUGUUUCCGUUGGACCGUCAGCAGUGUCAGCUCCUCAUGGCCUCCUACGGAUGGACCACGGAGGACCUGGUGUUCUUGUGGAAGGAUGUGGAGCCUGUGCAGGUGACCAAGAACUUACACCUACCGCGCUUUACCCUCGAGAAGUUCAUCACCGACUACUGCAACAGCAAGACCAAUACAGGUGAAUACUCGUGCCUGCUGGUGGCGCUGAUCUUCAAGCGCGAGUUCUCGUACUACCUGAUCCAGUACUACAUCCCGUGCUGCAUGCUGGUGAUCGUGUCGUGGGUGUCCUUCUGGCUGGACCAGAACGCCGUGCCCGCCCGCGUGGCCCUCGGCGUCACCACCUUGCUUACCAUGUCCACCCAGACGUCCUCCAUCAACCAGUCGCUGCCGCCCGUGUCCUACACCAAGGCCAUCGACGUGUGGACGGGCGUGUGCCUCACCUUCGUGUUCGGCGCGCUGCUGGAGUUCGCGCUGGUCAACUACGCGUCUCGCUCCGACAAGCACCGCGAGAAGCUCAAGGAGAAGCUGAAGGAGCAGAAGCUGCAGUGGGAGCGGGAUCACGCGGCGGCGCUGGAGGCGGCGCUGCAGGAGGCCGGCGAGGACGGUCACACCUUCGGCAUGAGAGUUUCCGUCUUGCCCCGCCAGCCGGCCCCCCCUCCGCGACCCCGGCGGCUGAUGGACCUCCUGGUGGCCAAGACGAAGCCCCUGGUGUCGCGUCACAACGGCGGCAUGGGCGGCGACAAGGGGCGGCCGUGUGAGAUCCACCUGGCGGCGCCGCGUCAGAACUGCUGCCGCACCUGGCUGUCCAAGUUCCCGACGCGCAGCAAGCGGAUCGACGUGAUCUCCCGCAUCACCUUCCCCAUCGUGUUCGCCUUCUUCAACAUGGCCUACUGGAGCACCUACCUCUUCACCGAGGAGGAGGAGGACGGACCCAAGUAGGUGGAACACAGAUCUGACGGAGGCGAUGAAGAUGGUAUUUUUUGUCGCGACACUGAAGGACGGAGGCGUGAAAGUGACGGCGACGCGAGGACAAGGAAUCACUGCACGAAUACAUAAAAAUGUAAUUACUGACGCUAACGGAGAAAUUUUGGCAAUGUAGUCUGCAAAUAAGGAGAUGCAUUGACGCAAGAAGGAAGUUAGUGAUGCUGGACGAGGCGUUGGGCGAGAGGAGAGGGGAGUGCAGGCGAGGCAGCAGCGCGAAGAGGUGGAGGAGGGGAAGGAUGGUGAUGAAGCACGGAUGAAUGAGCGUCGCGGGUGAAAUGAGUGAUGUUUCCGCGCGACUGACAAAGAUGGCGAGGAGGAAGAUGUGAGGUGCGCGGUAAUUAAGGUGUGAGAUGAAAAACAGCGAGAAAAAUGCGGGGAAAAGAAACGGGAAAAGUGGAACCCCGAGGAAAGUGCACAGGAUAAUUAAAAGGAGCCGAGUUGACGAGCAUAUUAGACGUAAUCAGUCAAGUGGAUGGGAUAGAAAAAUAUCAGACACGAGAAGAAACUCAUAAGCUAACGUAAAAUAUGACGUGGAGAGAAAAAAAAACGUAAAAAUUAUGCUCCUCAAGUGAAAAAGUUAAGGAAAAAAAGUCAGCCACAAUUAUUUUUUUUCUUUGCACUUUGGAGGCAACUAAUUACACCGUUUUCUUGCAACUUUUUUUCGGAGUUACUGCUGUGAAAAGAGAAAACGGGAUGUGGAGGAACGAUUUCUUUGACGUUACUAAAGUUUUUGUGACGUCACAGGUCAAUUGUCUUUCGUUACUGUAGUGAAUAAUAACGAUGAUAAUAAUAAUAAUAAUAAUAAUAAUAAUAAUAAUAAUAAUAAUAAUAAUAAUAAUAAUAAUAAUAAUAAUAAUAAUAAUAAUAAUAAUAAUAAUAAUAAUAAUAAUAAUAAUAAUAAUAAUAAUAAUAAUAAUAAUAAUAAUAAUAAUAAUAAUAAUAAUAAUAAUAAUAAUAAUAAUAAUGAUAAACAACAGCAACAAUAAUAGCAAUGAAGCAAUAAUAGAAUCUAAACAAUAAUAGUUGAUCAUAGAGGUAGAGGAGCAUUUAUUAUUAUUAUUAUUAUUAUUAUUAUUAUUAUUAUUAUUAUUAUUAUUAUUAUUAUGAUUAUUAUUAUUAUUAUUAUUAUUUCGACCUUGUUCUCUUCUUGUAUGUAUUCGUCAGUGCCAAUGUAUCAUGCACGAAGUAAGAAGUUUGUAGAAUCGAGAUCAUUGUAAUAUUUCACAACAUAAUUCUUUGUCUCUUUCUAUCAUGUAAAGCAUAAUACUAACUAUACUCUCUACUACUAAACUGUCACUACUUCUAUUACACUUCUACUACCACCAUAACUACUACUAGUCCUUCUAUAAUUACUGUUCACUCACUCUCGUAAUUAACUUUUCUUCAUAUCCAUGCAUUAUAUUUCUUCAUCAUAUUUAGAUCUUUCAAAUUCGUCUUCGUAAUAUGAGGCCUUUUUUUUCCGCUUUAUACCUUCACUCUUUUUCAAUGUACGAGUUUUCUAAUUAAGGUGUCCGUGAUUUUCCGGGUCCAUUUUUCAUCAUUUUCAGGAGGUUAUCUCUGUAACAAGCUUUUUUUUUCUCUAAGUUUCGUCUAUUUUUCCUUCAAUAUUUGUUCUAUAAUGACUAACACUCAACAUCACCUUCCAUUUUUCAACACUUCUUAACACACCUGCAGAUCAAAAUAAUUUGAUCUAUUAACGUAUCUUGGCUUCGGUCCGUCUUCUCUCUAACUCUCAUAUGUCUGUUCAUCCGGGUGUCUUUUGUUUUUAUUUUCAUGCAUUAAGGCACUUCACUCCCCUUAGUAUCAACUCUCACCUCCAAACACUUUUUCUUUCCUUAUAAUUCAUUGUAAUGUGUCUAGAGCUCCCCCAUUUCAUCCAUCUCUAUUUCAUCCUCUGAAUCCAUGAUAAAACUUUUCAUUCCAUUUUCACCUCCUCUCAAGCUCUUUUUGCCGCUGUGUAUUUACUGUACAUAAACGCCUGUAUAUAAGUUUGGCGUAGGCAGCAUGUAGCAUGUAUGUAGGCGCCAUUCAGGGUCCUUCCUAGUCAGUUUCUUCGGCCCCUGAGACGUGUAAGCUGCAGCCUUAGACAGUAACAACAGGUUUUGUCCUUAACAACAGGUUUUGUCCUGCUCAACGUAGAGUGGUGAUCUUGUACUAGUGCUGACGCAGCUGCUGCUGCUAAUACACCUCCGCCGCCGCCGCUGCUGUUACUACUGUUGUUUAGAACUCUUAACACGGUUUCACCUUAACCAAUCUGGCUACAGUGACUUGUUAGCUUUUAGGAGGACGAGAUGGACAAAACAAUAUGGAGGUUUGAGGAAGGUACUGAGAAGGAGUUUGAUGUUACUUGUGGAGUAGGAUAAGAAUAAUAUUUCUUGAUAGUGUACUGUGAUGAAUAGACUCCUUUCUUUUAUCUCCGUUAGUUGCAUUGGUGUGAAGAAUUGAGGUUUUAAGAGGGAGACUUUAGAAGACUGGUGGAGUGUUAGGAGAAAGCACUGCCUGAGAGCGUGUUGCGAUUGGUGAGCUCUUUGUUGCAUCUCCCUUAGUUUCCUCACUUAUUCUUGCGUCAUGUUUUCACAAUGCGAGUCACUGUACCGAAUUGAAAUGUAGGUGCGCCUGUGCCGUGAUAUCUCUCCCUCCCUUCUAGAAAGUAUCGAUAUGCUCUUAGUGGAAAUAAUCCAAAAAAAUCGCUAAUUUACGGAAAAUCACAUACGUGGAUAAUGAAUAAUUAAAACGUCUAAAGUUUGCUUUACAUAAAGGAGAAAAUUCUAAUGCUCUAAAACGGGAAAGAGGAUGUAUCGAAAAGGUUGUUUGAUGAAGAUAUGGUUGAUGAAUCUAUAUCACUGAAAACAAACCUUUUUACGAAAUUAUUACUAAAUCCUUUUAGUACUACAGUUAUUAGUAACGUUCAUAAAAUUUAUAAGAAUAUAUUAAUAAAGAUGGGACUUCAGAACUCGAAGUAUAAAAAGGAAAUUAUAUAAAUGUGGUGACUAUUCAUUUCAAAAAGGAGGGGGAUACUGAAUCGGGCAAUGGUAAGCUUUGCUCUUUACCAAAACCUGCACCACCACCAACAACAUCAACACCACUACUAAUACUAACACCACCACAUCAACCUCCACCCCAGUAACAUCACGAACACUUAAAUCAGCAUCACCAAUACUUAAAGCAGUACCACUAUUACCACCACUAUCACCAGUAUCAGCACAACCACCAACACCACCACCAUGUCCUACUAAUACCAUUUGCACUCAGUAUCACCAACACCUUCGUAUCACCACCUUACAAAAACACCUCCACCAAUGGAAACAACAAUCACCAACAACACCCUGAGACCUACCAUACGUUACAUCACCACCACCACUCACUGCCACCACCACCACCAACACUACCACCACUACUGCUAAUUGCUACAUAAUGUAUCAACACCACUACCACCACCACCACCACCAAUUUAUCACCAGCUCCUCCAUUACUACUAUUUAGAAAUAUUAUUGCUAACCACCACCACACUACUACGACUACCACCAUUACUCCUACUACUUCUACUACUACUGCUGCUACUACUACGAUGGGGCAAACCAAUCGUUGUAGCAGAAAAAGAGCAGCUUGAAAACGAAAACGAAAAAAAAAGAAACAAUGUGAAUUAAAAACUAAUCAAUACAUUCCCGGAUGAACAGAUAAUACACAGGGCAUAUCAGCAUAUUUCCACAUCAGAUAAAAAAAAAAAUAUCCAAUGUGCCAACGGGAGAGAUAGAUUAUUAUUAUUAUUUUAUCUCGUGUUUUUUUCCUAAAGUACCAACGACGCUUAGUUAUUGGUUCUUGCGUGAGGGUGACUAAUCAGAGUCUUCCCUCUGAUGACGUCAUGUUAUCUAUCCUUGCUUAGCCAAUGAAAAGCUCGAAACGGGUACAAAGCCACGCCCGCAAGUGACGUCAUAGCUAAUGCCAGCCAAUCAGGUCGCUCUAAAAUCAAGAGAACCGCGGCUACACCGUCAUUUCGCGUUGUCCUUUUAAAUAGCAAGCAUCUUAGUCUUGAAAACGGGAGAAAAUAUCAAGUAGAGCCCUUUUUAUGCGCACGACAGAAACGAAUAAUGGUAGUUGUAAUAAUAACAAUAAUAAUAAUAAUAAUAAUAAUAAUAAUAAUAAUAAUAGAAGUAUCGCAGUAGGUGAUAAUAUCAGUAGUGGUAGAGAGCAGAAGUCAAGAGAGUGUUACGCUGUCGUUAUCUAGAUCACUUACGUAUUAAAUAACUGUCUUGUCACUCUUAAAUCACACAGCAACGUACUACUGCUAGAGGCAUUCGUAGAGGUACCUGUUUAGUGUGUGUUUGUGUUUCUGUGUGUGUGUGUGUGUGUGUGUGUGUGUGUGUGUGUGUGUGUGUGUGUGUGUGUGUGUGUGUGUGUGUGUGUGUGUGUGUGUGUCUGUGUCUGUGUGUGUGUGUGUGUGUGUGUGUGUGUGUGUGUGUGUGUGUGUGUGUGUGUGUGUGUGUGUGUGUGUGUCUGUGUCUGUGUCUGUGUGUGUGUGUGUGUGUGUGUGUGUGUGUGUGUGUGUGAGUGUGUCUGUGUGUGUGUGUGUGUGUGUGUGUGUGUGUGUGUGUAGCUAAAGACAGGUACAUUUUGUGGCUUAGUAAAAGUAACAGGUAACAUAUGACGGCCAAAUGAAUCUGUACUACUAGUAAAAGUUAAAAACAGAACGAAUAAUAAUAAUGAUAAGACUAUUGUAAAAAGUGAUAAUCCGUGCGUUGUUAUCGUUUCAAAUUCGUCGAUAAUGUAAACUAUUUAAUAAAAACUGAUAUGAAGUUUGUUAGUGAAGUCUAUAAUAAUGUAAUAAAGAUAAUGGAAAUAUAUGAGUCAUAAAAGAU